AUCGUCAGCAGCUGGACAGUCUUGUGCCCCCUGCAGCAGGCUCCAAACAAGCAGCAGGAUAAGACUUCCUCAUCAAAACACUGGGCCCUGGAAGCAGGAGGAUGAAUGCAAGAUGGUGCACGUGUUGAAACUAAACUGGAAAGCUAUUCCUGGAUUUCAGCACUGGGGAAACCAAUCUAUGCACCAAAAAUGUCUAAAGCUGGAACCAAGAUUACUUUCUUUGAAGACAAAAACUUUCAAGGCCGCCACUAUGACAGCGAUUGCGACUGUGCAGAUUUCCACAUGUACUUGAGUCGCUGCAACUCCAUUAGAGUGGAAGGAGGCACCUGGGCUGUGUACGAAAGGCCCAACUUUGCUGGGUACAUGUACAUCCUACCCCGGGGCGACUACUCUGAGUACCAGCACUGGAUGGGCCUCAAUGACCGUCUCAGCUCCUGCAGGGCUGUCCACCUGUCUAGUGGAGGCCAGUAUAAGAUUCAGAUCUUUGAGAAAGGGGAUUUUAAUGGUCAGAUGUAUGAAACCACUGAAGACUGCCCUUCCAUCAUGGAGCAGUUUCACAUGCGAGAGGUCCACUCCUGUAAGGUGCUGGAGGGCGCGUGGAUCUUCUACGAGCUGCCCAACUACCGUGGCAGGCAGUACCUCCUGGACAAGAAGGAGUACCGGAAGCCCAUCGACUGGGGCGCAGCUUCCCCAGCUGUCCAGUCUUUCCGCCGCAUUGUGGAGUGAUGAUACGGAUGCAGCCAUAAGCUUCUUCCUGGGGCCAAAUGCUGGCUGGCCUUGUCGUCCAAAUAAGCAUCAUAAAUAAAAACAAUUGGCAUGCA